UCGUGUGCGACGAUGGCCUACUACGCACCGAAAUCAAAGCCGGGCGGUACGCUGAGUGCGGUCUACGAGAAGCUCUAUAGCAACUGUUCGACAUUCCGCAAGCUGCACUAUGAAGAAGUACCGGACUCGUAUGACUACAACAACCCUAACGCAGCGAACCAUGCGGCCACAUACGCACAUCCCGGAUCGCCAUUCCACCAACAAAGUCAACCGCCACCCUCCGACUCUGGCAGUCCAGCGAGCGAUGCGGUCAUGAUCAAGAUCGAUGUUCCUUCACCACUGCGGGACGAUCAGCAGCGCUACCCCAAAGAGAUCGGCAAAACCCUGCUGGCGUUGAUGUUCCUGGCACUCAACUUCUUCCUUGCCACGGUGUCCUUGUCACUGGUGCACGAUCGCGUACCGGACCGGGACACGCACGAACCCCUGCCAGACGCGUUCCUGGAUCGUGUCCAGGCCCAGGAUUGGGCGCUCGAUGUCAGCGAAAUACUGAUCAUGGUCGUGGUGAACUCGUGCGUGGUACUGAUCGCCUUCCACAAGCACCGAUUCAUCGUGAUGCGCCGGGUGUUCCUGCUCCUGUCCAUCCUGUACAUGAUGCGAUCGAUCACGAUGUUCGUGACGGUGUUGCCAGUGUCCAGCCGGACGUACUACUGCAGCCCAAAGUCGAAUGCCAGCAGUGCGGGCGUGAUCGUGAAGCGAGCGUUUCAACUCAUCUCUGGCAUGGGGCUUUCGAUAAAUGGCAAGCAGAUCUACUGUGGUGACUACAUUUACAGCGGUCACACUGUGACGCUAGUGUUGGGCUACCUUGUGAUAUCUGAAUAUUCACCAAAACGCUUCUGGCCGAUCCACUGGAUCUACUGGGCUGCCAGCUUAACCGGGGUGGUAAUGGUGUUGAUUGCACACGGUCACUACACGGUUGAUGUGCUGAUAGCGUACUACGUCACCACGCGGCUUUUCUGGACGUACCAUACGCUAGCCAACAAUAGUUUGCUGUUGAAGCAAAACGGCAACAACUACAUCGGCCGUGAAUGGUGGUACUACGGGUUCCGGUACUUUGAGCGCAACGUCCGUGGUCCCAUUCCGCUGCAGUACGACUGUCCGCUUUCGCUACCGUCGUCCUGGACGAAAAAAUCGCCCAAGUUGCCGAGUCGCGAGAGUUGAUACAGCCACCGGUGUGUAUUCGUCGGCAAUUACCUUGCCGUGUUCAACGAACCCAUCCGUUAGAAGUACUAGGGACAUGGGCGUGCACUAGGCGAAACCACGUUCAUACCGCCUGGCGGGUCACACGUGGGCGGAAUCUGUUCUCGACCCGACGAGAACCGACCACUCCUUCCUUUGUUACGCGGUAACAUAAUAGAGAGGAUGAAUGAAAAGACUUUGACACCCAAUUAGAUAAGAAUUUGUUCAAAAACCUGUUAGGAUCUAGCAGGACACCUGUUCGUGUAUGUCUCUUUUUCUUUCAAAGAAUGUGCGAUUAUUAUCACACGUCGUUGAUUGAUUGAUGUCAGAUUUAUUUAAAAGUGUCCGUAGCAAAAGAAAAAAUAAGUACCGCCUGAAAUCUAAUCUGUCGAUUGUCUAAUGCGCCUCCAUAUGGAGACGGUGGUAGAAUUGUUCGACCCACUUUAGCUAGCUUAAUUUCGCUUAUUCGAGUCUUUCGGUCGAGCUGAUCUGCAGGCAACACUGUUGUCAGGAUCAGGAGUUUUAGCGUACGUUAGUGAUUUAAGAUAAAACGUUUGAAUUACGCUAGGAAACUAAUUGUGCCCCAAAUGACGUUAGGAUGAGAUGUAUAAAUUAUAAUUUACACAAAAAUGCAGCAACAUCAAUGUGAUAUAACAAAUUGCGCAGAGCGCAAAGCUAACAAGCAAGGACGCAUCGUUUCAAAAGUGUUUACCAAUUCUUUCGUUUCAGUGUACAGUUAACAGUAUAGUGCAUUUUAGUAUUCUUUCCAAAACGUGUGCGAUGGUAGAACAAUGUUUUGUGGUUAGCUUACGUAUUUGACAACGACGUUCAUUUCAUAAGGUUUGUGGGCGUUAAUUAUCAUUCGAAGCGUUUGGAGAAAUAUAAGCCCUUUAGAUUAAUCCUUAACACUGAAAAAUUUAGGGAACAAAUCCUAAGAUCCUCAGCACGAAUUUUAAAAUGAACGCAGGAGUUGUAAACCUAAAAAAUGCCACAUCACGUUUUUUAUUAUCAAAGGGAUCGAAUUCGUCCUUAAUAUCUUAUUUUCGUAUUACUGCGAAAGUCAAGUUAAGGUGUUCGAACCAAAAUUGCCGAAACUCUGUGGACUGGCAUUUUUUAAAUCGUAUGUGCCUUUCUAACUGCCUUGAAAAGUGAAGAGUAACCCCUCCUUAUCGUGUAAGAAAGCAAAUCGAACUGAAAUCUAAAGUCUAAUAUUUAAAGCAACUGCAUGGGUUUUUUAUUGUAAAUCUUGAUGACAUAGUUUUACAGUGCUGGACAAAGUUGGGUGCUGCCAAGUUAAAGAUAUUCGUAAUUUAAACGAUACAAAAAC